CGUGGCAUGACAAGAUCGCGUCUCUACUGUUUUCGCGAGACUCGAGGAAAAUGCUCCGCACGCCGAUUCCUCCUUUCUCCCGAAAGAAAUCUUCAUCCCGGCAUCAGCCGUACGCGGCGGCGAUGAAGCAGCGAACAUGGCCGCACCGCUCGGACAACCCCCGCUUCUCCGCCCUCCCAUUCGACGGCUGCGGCGCCGACAACCUCGCCGCCAAGCUCGUCCGCCACCACCGGACCGACCGCGCCUCCUCCAGCCGGCACGCCUCGAAGCCGCCGCCGUCCGGGCUCAGGAGCCCCGCCUCGCGCCGGGCUCUGGCCCCACCCUCGGGAUCGCCGGAGCCCGCGCCGUCCCGGGACUUCGCGGCACUGCCGUACGACGUGCUCGCCAGGAUCGCCGUCUCGUUCUCGCAGUCGAACCUCCGGGCGGCGUCGCUGGCGUGCAGGUCGUGGAGCGAGGCGCUCCGGCCGCUGAGGGAGGCGAUGCUGCUGCUCCACUGGGGGAAGCGGUUCAAGCACGGCCGGGGCGGGGCGCGGGCGAACCCGGAGAAGGCCCUCGAGUCGUUCCUGAAGGGGGCCGUGCGCGGGUCCACGCUCGCCAUGGUCGAUGCUGGCCUGAUGUACUGGGAGAUGGGGAAGAAGGAGGCCGCCGUCGAAUUGUACAGAAAAGCCGCGUCGCUCGGUGAUCCGGCGGGGCAGUGCAAUUUGGGGAUUGCUUGCUUGCAAGUUGAACCUUCAAAACCUGAGGAAGCUAUUAAAUGGUUACAGCUAGCUUCAACGGCUGGCCAUGUCCGUGCUCAGUACCAAUUGGCACUUUGCCUGCAUCGAGGCUGUGGCCUGGAUAGUAAUUUAGUGGAAGCGGCUAGAUGGUAUCUGAAAGCUGCCGAAGGUGGUUAUGUGCGUGCUAUGUACAAUGUUGCACUUUGCUACUCAUUUGGGGAGGGUUUACACCGAAAUCGGAGACAAGCUAGAAGCUGGAUGAAGCGAGCAGCUGAUCGUGGUCACAGCAAAGCUCAAUUUGAGCACGGGCUGAGCCUUUUUUCAGCGGGUGAGAUGCUGAAAGCUGUUGUAUACUUGGAACUUGCUACUCGGGCUGGCGAAAGAGCAGCAGCUCACCUGAAGAAUGUAAUUCUCCAACAGCUGUCAGCACCAUCACGUGAUCGUGUGAUGCUUCUUGCUGACAAUUGGCGUGCUUUGCCUUCAUCUCGCUGAGGAAUUUUUGUGAAUGACGAUUGUUGAAGCUUGAAACUAGCAAAUCCGGUCCUCCAUCCGAAUGUUCGAUCCGGCUACACAUAGGAGUCUUGCAAGUUUGGCCUCCUCCUGAAAUCGAUCAUGAAUCCGGUUGUUUGUUGAAUAAACAGAGCCUAUUCAAUGGCGAGCGGAGUUAUGGCCUAACACAUCCUGUGCCAAGCAGAGCUGUGGAUGGGAACCACCAGGAAUUGCUGUAAUUCCACUACCCAAUCAGGAAGUGUUCAUCA